AUGUAUUCGUGGAAAUCUAAGUUUAAAUUUGGUAAAUCAAAGGAGGAGAAGGAGAAACCAUCCAAAUAUGGUGGCUUUUUCAAUUCUGGUGAUUCCAAAAAGGAAAGUAGUCCAACCUCCAAAACGCAAAGUAGCGGUGAUUAUUCCUCGGAUAGAAAGGAAACAAUAAUCAAUUCACCAAAUACUAUGGCACCCAUGCGUUCCUCAUAUGAAGCGUCAUCAUCUACUUCGACUUUUGAUAAUGGAUCUCAUACUAGCUCCGAUGAAAAUAGCAAUAAUAUAUCACAUGAAUCCUCAGUGAGCCAAAUAUCUCAAGAUACGGCAUCUAAUGAUCCACACCCACAAAAUACUCAUAUUUCUAGCUCAGGGAUUAUGACUAUUAAAAUAUAUAACGGUGAUGCAUUUACUCUACCGUUUCCAAUUACAUCAAAUCAACAAAUAUUAAGUAAAUUGUUGGGUUCAGGUAUUUCUCCACCAUCUACGGCUACACCAGAUGUUGAUACCUUGGUAUCACAAUUAUCUCGAGUUCAAUUACAAAAUCAAGGACCUGCUGAAGAAAACUUAUUGGCUAGUGAUGUUUCAUCCAAGUUUAUUCCAGCAACAAUAAAAUUGCCAGGCUCAUCUGUUCUGAAUCCAUUGUUAUAUUUCACCAUCGAAUUUGACAAUACUGUGGCCACCAUUGAACCUGAGUAUGGUACCAUGACUAAACCUGUAUUUAAUAAGAUAUCCACUUUUGAUGUGACAAGGAAAUUGCCAUUUUUAAAAAUCGACGUGUUUGCACGUAUUCCCUCCAUUUUGCUACCAUCAAAAAUGUGGCAACAAGAGAUGUCUGCGAACGAUGAGAAAUUAAAAGAGAUGCUGGAAAAGAUAAAUUCAAACCAAGACGUUCAUCUUGAUUCUUUCCAAUUACCAAUAAAUCUGAAAUUCGACACCGCUUCAAAUAUAAGGUUAUACAAUCAUCAUUGGGUUUCUUUGGAAAAUGGGUUAGGAAGAAUUAAUAUUAGUAUUGAUUACAAACCGUCCAGAAAUAAACCACUAUCUAUAGAUGAUUUUGAUUUAUUAAAAGUGAUUGGGAAGGGAUCCUUUGGUAAAGUCAUGCAAGUGAGAAAGAAAGAUACUCAAAAGAUUUAUGCAUUAAAGGCAAUUAGAAAAGCUUAUAUUGUUUCUAAAUCUGAAGUUACUCAUACUUUAGCUGAAAGAACUGUGCUUGCAAGAAUUGAUUGUCCCUUCAUUGUUCCCUUGAAGUUCUCAUUCCAAUCUCCUGAUAAAUUAUAUCUAGUGCUGGCAUGCAUUAAUGGAGGGGAACUAUUCUAUCAUUUACAAAAAGAAGGAAGAUUUGAUUUAUCUCGUUCCAGGUUUUAUGCUGCUGAAUUAUUAUGCGCUUUGGAAACAUUGCAUAAUUUGAAUGUUAUCUAUCGUGAUCUGAAACCUGAAAAUAUUCUUCUAGAUUACCAAGGUCAUAUUGCAUUGUGUGAUUUUGGCCUUUGUAAGUUGAAUAUGAAAGACGAUGAUAAGACUGAUACAUUCUGUGGUACCCCAGAAUAUCUAGCACCAGAAUUAUUAUUAGGGCAAGGUUACACUAAAGUAGUUGAUUGGUGGACUUUAGGUGUCUUACUAUAUGAGAUGUUAACUGGUUUACCUCCAUAUUAUGACGAAGAUGUACCAAAAAUGUAUAAAAAGAUCUUACAAGACCCACUAAGAUUCCCAGAUGGGUUUGAUAGAGAUGCCAAAGAUUUGUUAAUUGGGUUGUUAAGUCGUGAUCCUACCAGAAGAUUAGGGUGUAAUGGUGCAGAUGAAAUUAAGAACCAUCCCUUCUUUAGUCAAUUGUCGUGGAAACGUCUUCUAAUGAAGGGAUACAUUCCACCAUAUAAACCACCUGUAACAAGUGCUAUUGACACUAGUAAUUUUGAUCAAGAAUUUACUCGAGAAAAGCCAGUAGAUAGUGUGGUUGACGAAUUCUUGAGUGAGAGUGUCCAAAAACAGUUUGGUGGAUGGACAUAUGUGGGGAGUGAACAAUUAGGAAGUUCCAUGGUGCAAGGGAGAAGCAUUAGGUAA